GUCUUUCCAAUUCCUUUUUUUGGAAGGAAUUGAAAUGCCCUUUUACAGAAUCCUUAGAAUGGGUUGUGGCGUUUCCAAGAUAGAUGCCAAUGGCGUCGCCACACCCAACAGAUCUAUCCUUCCCAAUUUCCACUCUAGAAGGAGGCAAUCAACCAAAUCUAUCCCUUCAAAAAAAGAACCAUUGUUGUUGAUGCCUGAACCUAUUGAUAGACCUUCCAUUUCUGCUCCAAAAUGUGAUGAUAAUUUGAGUUGUGUCACCUCCGAGGGGUCUAAAAAAGAAGAGGAUGAAAAAAGGAUCGCGAAAAUAAGGACAAUUGUUGAGGAAGCGGAAAAAAAUGAUGAAAAAGGCCGACUACAUGAAAAUGAAGGAGAGGAGGUGGAGGAGGAUGAUAAUGAUGAUGAUCAAAGGGCGAUUAAUAAGGUUCGUGUUGAUGAGGAGGAUGGUGGUGAUUUUCCUAGUUCUCCGAGUUUUAGGGUUUAUUUCACCGAUAAGGAUGCUGAAAGCCGGAAGAUCAAUGACGGUAAUUAUAACAAGGUUGGUUUGAAGGACGUCACCCCAGCUGCAGCUACCAUAUCAUCAACAAAGGAGUCGGAGUCAGUGGGCAAGGAGGAGAAGAAAGAAAUAAGAAAGAAGAGUUUUAGAAAUGUCCUGCCAAGGAACCUGUUGAAUGGUCGAUCAUCAUCUAAUUCUUCAACUCGCUCCAGUCAUCAUCAUAAAGUAGCUUCUUGAUCAUGCAUGCUGAAGGGGAAACACAAUGGCUUUGUUUUUCAUCUGCCUCCUCUUUUGACACUAUGAUAUUGAAGGUUUAAAGGAAGUUCCUUCAGGCUUCAUGUAAUGUAAAUUUGAGAAAUAUUGAAAUUGAAUUUAUUCGUAAACAAAAUAUUCUUCUAUACUUUUGUUUUCCUUCCUUUGAUUAUUCUUCUAUAUUUCUAGCUGUUUAAUUAGCUUGGUACGGUCAAUGUAUGAUAUUUUCCAUUUUGGGCUAGACCAAUACAAUUUUCACCAAAAAGGUCUUACACCAUUAAAAAUA